AUGGCGACUCCGUCGUCUUCGGUGACCUCAGCGUCCCCGCCAACGAGCUACCUACAGCCCUACAGCCCUUCUACAUCGAUGGAUGUGGAUCCAUUAGAGAAGGAGGAUAGGCUGAAAGCCAUCCAGAAAGUCAUGGCGAGCACGGAGCUUUCGAUGGUGACGCGCAAUCUUCGCGCCCGUUUGUCGUAUGCCUCAUACAAGGCCACCCAUAAUAUUCCUCAUGUCAAACUGAUUGACCUCGAGGCGAAAACCCGUACCCUGGCUGCUGCCCCGCCGCGCCUGAUCGGCACUAAGCGCAAGGCUACAGCUGGCAACAACUAUUACAACAACCCCGCCACACAGGGCACAGUCGCACGGCGUGGAGCUAUGGCUCCUCCCGCCAUAUCUGCGACUUCUUCCCCAUCCGUUCCUCGUUCCCACUAUCCCACGACUGUGACAGGUUCUAGUCCCAACGCGACUCAGAGCCUGUUCACCACCCUCCUCGGACCUCCUCCGUUGAAACAAGCUCGAACUGUUCGCAACUCAACAGAUCCUCCUGUCCAAGCAGCCGCUCGCUCGACUGCCGGAUCUCGGUCCCGAGGAUCAGACCGUGCGUCUGCCAUACGCAGCAUAGCAGAGAGUACCCGUGCGCAGUCCCGUAGCCGCAAGGAGGAUGUCACCCGGUCCAAACCCAAACGGGCUGACAAGGGCAAGCAAAAGGCGUCCGUGGCGGACUCGGCGGAUGUAGAGAGGCAGGCCGUAGCCACUCUGACAUCGCUUCUCCAGUCGCGUCCUUCCGUAACUAGCGUGUCAUCUCCGCGGUCCACGCUCUCUACCGCGUCUGAUGCGAGUUCAUUCCAGUCUUUGUCGCAAUAUGCACAAAGUUCUGCUCGCACAACGACAGCAGCGACUUCGCUGCUGCCAUCAGCCGAGUCAUCAUUUACCAUGCCUCGGGCAGCUACUCCACCCCGUGACUCAGGUGACAAUAUCUAUUCGACGCCUCGUGCAGAUGACGAGGAGGCGGCCAAACUUAUGCUUUAUCUACAUACAUCGCCCUCGCCCGCACGCCCUACAACCACCCGGGACAGGGAUACCCAAGAUCUUGCAGCCUACAGAGCCCUUGGAAGCGGUUCCGCAUCUCUCCUUACUAAGGGAAAGAUCCUUUUUGCAGGCCAGGACACCAGAAGCUCGCUGAGAUCAGAGCGCAGCUUUACCUCAGAGACUUUACCAUCUAGCCAAGAUAGUACGCAGCCUUUGAGCCAGCCAUUGCGAUUGGAUGCCGCUUCCUCUGGAUCUCUCGCGCCUGCGCCAUCUUUAGAGUCAACAAUUAUUCCACCCGCCCCAACUUUAGGUGCUGAAUCCUCAUCAUUGUUGCCAUCUCCACCUUCACCUUCUAGGCACAGUGAUACUUCGAACGGUUAUUCGGGUUCGCCAUCGAACAGCCUUCACGCCCCACCCACUCCGGGCAAUGUCCCAUUCAAUCUCAAUGACUUUAUCAAUGUCUCUCCCUCCCCUGCCGUCACGGCCGCGCCGCGUGCAGCAGUAUCUCUCAAAUCUGGUCUGAGUGCUAACCUGCGUGCGGACGUCGGCAGAAAGCUUUUUGAAGAAGAGCAGCAGCGGCACCACUAUCAAGGCACUCAUGGCACCGUCAGUGGUUUCACUGACAUCCAUCAUGACAGGGGCGGCGUCCUCGGUGCUAGUAUCGACCUCGCAAGCACUUGA